GAAGCCGGAGCGGGCCGAGCCGCCACCGCGGCCGGAGCUGUCCCUUAGCCAGAGCCGGCGAGACACGAGCGGCGGGAGGGAGGCGGUGGCGCGCCCGGCCCCGCCCGCCCGACCAAGCGUCGGACGCGGCCCGGCGCCGAGCCAUGGAGCCUGAGCCAGUGGAGGACUGUGUGCAGAGCACUCUCGCCGCCCUGUAUCCACCCUUUGAGGCAACAGCCCCUACCCUGUUGGGCCAGGUGUUCCAGGUGGUGGAGAGGACUUAUCGGGAGGACGCACUGAGGUACACGCUGGACUUCCUGGUACCAGCCAAGCACCUGCUUGCCAAGGUCCAGCAGGAAGCCUGUGCCCAGUACAGUGGAUUCCUCUUCUUCCAUGAGGGGUGGCCGCUCUGCCUGCAUGAACAGGUGGUGGUGCAGCUAGCAGCCCUACCCUGGCAACUGCUGCGCCCAGGAGACUUCUAUCUGCAAGUGGUGCCCUCAGCUGCCCAGGCACCACGACUAGCACUCAAGUGUCUGGCCCCUGGGGGUGGGCGGGUGCAGGAGAUUCCUGUGCCCAAUGAGGCCUGUGCCUACCUAUUCACACCUGAGUGGCUACAAGGCAUCAACAAGGACCGGCCAACAGGUCGCCUCAGUACCUGCCUACUGUCUGCACCCUCAGGGAUUCAGCGGCUGCCCUGGGCUGAGCUCAUCUGCCCACGAUUUGUGCACAAAGAGGGCCUCAUGGUCGGACAUCAGCCAAGUACGCUGCCCCCAGAACUGCCCUCUGGACCUCCAGGGCUUCCCAGCCCUCCACUUCCUGAGGAGGCGCUGGGUACCCGGAGUCCUGGGGAUGGGCACAAUGCCCCUGUGGAAGGACCUGAGGGCGAGUACGUGGAGCUGUUGGAGGUGACGCUGCCUGUGAGGGGGAGCCCAGCAGAUGCUGAAGGCUCCCCGGGCCCCUCCAGAGUACGGACAGUACCCACUCGCAAGGGUGCUGGAGGGAAGGGCCGCCACCGGAGACACCGGGCGUGGGUGCACCAGAAGGGCCUGGGACCUCGGGACCAGGAUGGAGCACGCCCACCCGGCGAGGGGAGCAGCACUGGAGCCUCCCCUGAGUCUCCCCCAGGAGCUGAGGCUGUCCCAGAGGCAGUAGUCUUAGAGGUGUCUGAGCCCCCAGCAGAGGCCGUGGGAGAAGCCUCUGAAUCUUGCCCCCUGAGGCCAGGGGAGCUUAGAGGAGGAGGAGGAGGCCAGGGAGCUGAAGGACCACCUGGUACCCCUCGGAGAACAGGCAAAGGAAACAGAAGAAAGAAGCGAGCUGCAGGCAGAGGGGCUCUUAGCCGAGGAGGGGACAGUGCCCCACUGAGCCCUGGGGAUAAGGAAGAGGCCAGCCACCAAGAAGCCCUUGGCAAUCUGCCCUCACCAAGUGAUCACAAGCUUCCAGAAUGCAGCCUGGUUAAGGAGGAAUAUGAAGACUCAGGGAAGCCAGACUCUGAGCCCAAAGAGUUCAAAACAGCAGGCGAGAAAGAGCCUCAGCCCUCUGAAGCCUGUGGGCCUACAGAAGAGGAUGCCAGAGAGAGAGAGCAGGAGGGGCCAGGCCUGGUGUGUAUGGCAGGACACGCAGGCCCAGAAGGCCUCCUGUCUGACACUCCGACACCUCUGCUGGAGACUGUGCAGGAAGGAAAAGCGGACAGCAUUCCAGAAGAGGCCCUUCCAGUCUCCAUCUCUGAUGACCCUGAUGUGGCUUGGGACUUGAUGGCAUCUGGAUUCUUCGUCCUGACAGGAGGGGUGGACCAGAGUGGGCGAGCUCUGCUGACCAUUACCCCACCGUGCCCUCCUGAGGAGCCCCCACCCUCCCGAGACAUGCUGAACACAACUCUUCAUUACCUCCACUCACUGCUCAGGCCUGAUCUACAGACACUGGGGCUCUCCGUCCUGCUGGACCUUCGCCAGGCACCUUCACUGCCUCCAGCACUCAUUACUGUCUUGAGCCAACUUCAGGACUCAGGAGAUCCUCCCCUCGUUCAGCGGCUGCUGAUUCUCACUCACGAUGACCUUCCAAGUGAACUCUGUGGAUUUCAGGGUGCUGAGGUGCUGUCAGAGAAUGAUCUGAAAAGAGUGACCACGCCAGAGGAGCUGCAGUGGGAGUUAGGAGGUCACAGGGACCCCUCUCCCAGUCACUGGGUAGAGAUACACCAGGAAGUGGUAAGGCUAUGCCGCCUGUGCCAAGGUGUGCUGGGCUCGGUACGGCAGGCCAUUGAGGAGCUGGAGGGAGCAGCAGAGCCAGAGGAAGAGGAGACAGUGGGAAUGCCCAAGCCCCUGCAGAAGGUGCUGGCAGAUCCCCGGCUGACGGCACUGCAGAGGGAUGGGGGGGCCAUCCUGAUGAGGCUGCGCUCCACUCACAGCAGCAAACUGGAGGGCCAAGGCCCAGCUACACUGUAUCAGGAAGUGGACGAGGCCAUUCACCAGCUCGUGCGCCUCUCCAACCUGCACGUGCAGCAUCAAGAGCAGCGGCAGUGCCUGCGGCGACUCCAGCAGGUGUUGCAGUGGCUCUCGGGCCCAGGGGAGGAGCAACUGGCAAGCUUUGCAGUGCCCGGGGACACCUUGUCUGCCCUGCAGGAGACAGAGCUGCGAUUCCGGGCUUUCAGCGCUGAGGUCCAGGAGCGCCUGGCCCAGGCACGGGAGGCCCUGGCUCUGGAGGAGAAUGCCACCUCCCAGAAGGUGCUGGAUAUCUUUGAACAGCGGCUGGAACAGGUUGAGAGUGGCCUCCAUCGGGCCCUGCGGCUACAGCGCUUCUUCCAGCAGGCACAUGAAUGGGUGGAUGAGGGCUUUGCUCGACUGGCAGGAGCUGGGCCGGGUCGGGAGGCUGUGCUGGCUGCACUGGCCCUGCGGCGGGCCCCAGAGCCCAGUGCCGGCACCUUCCAGGAGAUGCGGGCCCUGGCCCUGGACCUGGGCAACCCAGCAGCCCUGCGAGAAUGGGGCCGCUGCCGGGCCCGCUGCCAAGAGCUGGAGAGGAGGAUUCAGCAACACCUGGGAGAGGAGGCGAGCCCACGGGGCUACCGACGACGGCGGGCAGACAGUGCCAGCAGUGGAGGGGCCCAGUGGGGCCCCCACAGCCCCUCACCCAGCCUCAGCUCCUUGCUGCUCCCCAGCAGCCCUGGGCCACGGGCAGCCCCAUCCCAUUGCUCCUUGGCCCCAUGUGGAGAGGACUAUGAGGAGGAAGGCCCUGAGCUGGCUCCAGAAGCAGAGGGCAGGCCCCCACGGGCUGUGCUGAUUCGAGGCCUGGAGGUCACCAGCACUGAGGUGGUAGACAGGACGUGCUCACCGCGGGAACACGUGCUGCUGGGCCGGGCUGGGGGGCCAGACGGACCCUGGGGAGUAGGCACCCCCCGGAUGGAGCGCAAGCGGAGCAUCAGUGCCCAGCAGCGUCUGGUGUCUGAGCUGAUUGCCUGUGAACAAGAUUACGUGGCCACCUUGAGUGAACCAGUGCCACCCCCUGGGCCUGAGCUGACUCCUGAACUUCGGGGCACUUGGGCUGCUGCCCUGAGUGCCCGGGAAAGGCUUCGCAGCUUCCACCGGACACACUUUCUGCGGGAGCUUCAGGGCUGCGCCACCCACCCCCUACGCAUUGGGGCCUGCUUCCUUCGCCAUGGGGACCAGUUCAGCCUUUAUGCACAGUACGUGAAGCACCGACACAAACUGGAGAAUGGUCUGGCUGUGCUCAGUCCCUCAAGCAAGGGCUCCAUGGAGGCUGGACCUUACCUGCCCCGAGCCCUGCAACAGCCUCUGGAACAGCUGGCUCGGUAUGGGCGGCUCCUGGAGGAGCUCCUGAGGGAAGCUGGGCCUGAGCUGAGUUCUGAGCGCCAGGCCCUUGGGGCUGCUGUACAGCUGCUUCGGGAACAAGAGGCCCGUGGCAGAGACCUGCUGGCUGUGGAGGCGGUGCGUGGCUGUGAGAUAGAUCUGAAGGAGCAGGGACAGCUCUUGCAUCGAGACCCCUUCACUGUCAUCUGUGGCCGAAAGAAGUGCCUUCGCCAUGUCUUUCUCUUUGAGCAUCUCCUCCUAUUCAGCAAGCUCAAGGGCCCUGAAGGAGGGUCAGAGAUGUUUGUUUACAAGCAGGCCUUUAAGACUGCUGACAUGGGGCUGACAGAAAACAUCGGGGACAGCGGACUCUGCUUCGAGUUGUGGUUUCGGCGGCGGCGUGCACGAGAGGCAUAUACUCUGCAGGCAACCUCACCAGAGAUCAAACUCAAGUGGACAAGUUCUAUUGCCCAGCUGCUGUGGAGACAGGCAGCCCACAACAAGGAGCUCCGAGUGCAGCAGAUGGUGUCCAUGGGCAUUGGGAAUAAACCCUUCCUGGACAUCAAAGCCCUUGGGGAGCGGACGCUGAGUGCCCUGCUCACUGGAAGAGGUGAGGGCCAUGGUGCUGGGGGGUGGCCCCCCAGGAGUGAAGACCUUGACAAUGAGGAUACAAAGGGGAGGUGUGGUGGAAAGUCAGGAAGGGCAUCUCGUUCCCAAAUCAGUGGGACUGGCUGGGAGGCCCUCUGUGAGACUGAGGGUCAUUCCAGGGAGCCAAGAGGGCUUUCCCACACCAGCACCCCACCCCCCACUCCCCACUCUCUGCAGCCGCCCGCACCCGGGCCUCCGUGGCCGUGUCAUCCUUUGAGCAUGCCGGCCCCUCCCUUCCCGGCCUUUCGCCGGGAGCCUGCUCCCUGCCUGCCCGCGUCGAGGAGGAGGCCUGGGAUCUGGACGUCAAGCAAAUUUCCCUGGCUUCCCCUUCAGCCCCAGAAACACUUGACUCUUCUGGAGAUGUGUCCCCAGGACCAAGAAACAGCCCCAGCCUGCAACCCCCCAACCCUGGGAGCAGCACUCCCACCCUGGCCAGUCGAGGGAUCUUAGGGCUAUCCCGGCAGAGCCAUGCUCGAGCCCUGAGUGACCCCACCACGCCUCUGUGACCUGGGUGAGUCAGCAUCCCCAAUUUCUUCCACAUCCAACAUUCCUUCCGUCUUGCAUGUACCUUCCUUCCUGUCCCCAGCUACUCGGGAGUCUGCUUCUUCCCUCUCCCAACUCAUCUCCCUCUUCUCUCCUGGCUUCUAGAGAAGAUCCAGAACUUGCCUGCAGCUUCUCCUCUCAGCACACUUUGGGCUGGGAUGGCAGUGGGGCAUAAUGGAGCACUGGGCGAUCACUGAAUUUCUUCCCUCUGCUUCCUGGACACAGAGGAGGUCUAAGGACCAGAGUAUUGCCCUGCCACCACUAUCUCUAGUCCCCCUAGCUUGGUGCCUUCUCCUGCAGGAGCCAGAGCAGCCACAUUGCUUGCCUUCAUACCCUGGAGGUGGGGAAGUUACCCCUCUUCCAGUGCUUUCCCAUCCUGGGCCACUGUAUCCAGGACAUCACUCCCAUGCCAGCCCUCCCUGGCAGCCCAUGUUCUCCUCUUUUCUCACCCCUUGACUUUCCCUGAGAAGAAUCAUCUGUGCCAGGUCAACCGGAGUUCCCGGUGACUCCAUUCUGAGGUGUCACAAGAAAUGAAGCUAUGCAAACUAUAAUAGGAGGGUGCAACAGGGAACUGUAGACUUUAUAUAUGUAAUUACUGUUAUUAUAAUACUAUUGUUAUAUUAAAUGUAUUUACUCACACUUUGCCUCCAAGGAGCUAGAGUAGUCCUCUGGAUUAAGGUGAUAAAUAACUUGAGCACUUUCCCUCAACCAGCCCUUAACUAGAACACAGAAAAUAAAACCAAGACUGGAAGGUCCCCUGUACCCUUCCCAGGCCCAGAGCUGACUGUGUGUGAGCCUGGGAGAAUGUGUCUCCUCCACAGUGGCUCCCAGAGGCUCCACUCUCUGAAGCUCCUUCUCCCACACUGCACCUACUCCUUGAGGCUGAACUGGUCACAGACAAACUGGGAUGCAGCACAGUCCAGCAGUUCUCAAAAUGAGGCCCUCAGGCCACAGUGUGUGAGAACUUGAUUGGCUAUUUGUUAAAUGCUGAUUCUUGGACCCCAUCAGAGCUGCUGCAUUGAAACCUGGGGGUGAAACCUAAUAUUCCGCAUUUCUUAUCAAACUCUUUGGGUGAUAACUAAAUGUCUGAAGAGGUGACUAUUUCCUGACAGAAUGGCCCAAAGAGAGGAGCAGGACAUAGGUAGGCAGACAGACACAGGGCCCUGUGCCUCACGACACCUGUUUAUUGGGGACACGACUCUGCAACAGGGAUGACAGGAAUCGUACCAAAAAUAGCGACGUCUACAGAGCCCCUGAUGGGGCUAGAAGGGUACAGUGCUCCCCACCCUCACCCCUUGUACAAAAAUAAACUCUCACGCCUAUGGACCAGCAAA